AUGUUUUAUGAUCAAAUUGUUGAAGUAAGUUACCGCAUUGGCUCUAAAAUACCCUUAACCCCCUCUAAAAUUGCAGCCCCCACCCAUAAAAUUGUUUUUUGCAUUGUGUUUUUCUAUCCUCGAAAGAUAUAUCGAGUGAUUUGGGUGGAUUAAGAAUAAUAUCAGUGUAUGUGAAGGUAUUAAAGUGAAUAUAGAUGGGUGUGGAUGUGAUAUCGAGGGAUUACGAAGUAGUAAUAGGGAUAUCAUUGAAUUUGGAAAGAUACCGUUUUUCUCUAAGUGGUGGAUUAGGAGAGAUAUUUGUGGAUCUGUGUUGAUUAAAAGAAAUAUCAAGGAUGGAGGGCAACUCGGUAAAUUGUUUGAACUUGUUAUGCUAGGCCUCAAAUAAGGUCAUAUUUUGAUUCAAAUUGGUGACUACAAUUUCCUCUAAAAUAAUCUCCCUUUAAAAUAACCCCCCCCCUCUCUUUAAAAUAGCCCCCCUCUAGAGGUCGAUCGAAAAAAAUAACCCCGUGUGCUAUU